AUGCCAGUUGAACAAAUUGAAGAACCAUCCAUAAAAUAUGAAGUAACUUCAAAGUUCAUUAAUUUUGUAAAAAAAAAUGUUAAAUUAAAUGAUUUACCAGAAAGCAUUAAAGCUUUUAUAAAAUCAAAUGAUAAAAUAUUAGUUAUAAAACUUGGUGAUAUUAAUUGGAUGGAUGGUUAUUUAAAAAAUUAUCGUGAUAAAUCAAAUGAUAAAGUAUAUCUUCAUGAAUUAUUAUCGGGUGGUCGUUUAAUUUUACCAGAGCCAAAAGUAACACCAAGAAAUCCAAUAUUAGAAGCAAGAGUCCAAAAAUUACAGGCACAACAAGACGCCAGAGACUACGAGGCAAUGACCAAAGGUGUUGAUUCACAUAGGAAAAAUCUACCAGAAGAUACACUUGCAUAUCAAAUGAAGGAAAUCAAUCGACAUUUAAUUGCUGUUGCGCAAUUUAUAUUUUCUGUAAUAGCUGGUUUUCUAUUUGGCUAUAUUGGAAUUGAAUAUGGCAUUGGACCACAAGAUUUUGGAUUUAAAUUAUUAUUAGGAAUAAUAUGUGCACUUAUUGUUGCACUUGCUGAAAUUUAUUUUUUGGCUAAAAAACUCAAUGAGGAACAUUCAGUACCACUUAGACCAGCAAUUUACACUAAACCUCAUCAAGAAUAAAAUUAUUAAAAGCAUUUAUCAGAUAUAUUUACUUUAAAUUAA